AUACGGUGCGUCGUUACGACGAUAACGAACCCCACUUUACCACUAAAAAAGUUUACAGAGUCCUCAUGAAAUCGACGGCUUUGUCCGGUGGCAAGAAGGACGGAAGUUGCUGGGUUUAGACCUUUCCUCUACUUGGACAACUUUCUAGACCUCACGUGUAGACUCAAAAAAAAAAAAAAAAGAAAGAAGAAGCUUUUCUUUUUUUAUGUUUUCGCCAACUCACCACGAUUCUUGCUUCAUCCCUGGGAAUUUCUUUUAUUUCUUCUCUCAAGUCUAAUUGAUCAAACCAUCCACUUUAUUGAUUCACCUGUAAAUUCCAGGUUCUUGUUUCUUUUUUCAGCCGCCUUUGUACCUAAGCUUUUUCUGCUUCUUUAAUCUUUUUAUUUCCUUUUCUUGAUGCUUAUCUACUUAUAUCACGGAUCCUGAUCCUCUAGUUGGCCACGCUUGUCUCUGUAACAUCUUCGUUUGUUUGAAUUCUUUACUGGAAUAACUUUUCUGGUGGUGGGUUACUGUUUAAAUGAUAGUCAGUUCCAAAUUUUGCAAUUUCUUGGUGGUUGUUCAAUUUUUAGUUCUUGAAGUUCUUGUAAUUCUGUUUUGCUUCUCAGAAUUCUUUAAUGAAUCUGAGUUUUUGAGCUCUUCUAAGGGAGAUGGCUUUCAGGGCCGUUCAUUGUUGGACUUUGGGUGGGCUGAUAGUGGCCUUCGUUGACCUUGCUGUUGCUUUUAAUCUGCUAUGUGGGUCAGCUUUUGCAUUUGUUCCUUCAAAGUUCUUGAGUUUCUUUGGACUUUAUCUGCCAUGUCCCUGUAGUGGUUUUUUUGGUUACCAAAACGAUGAUUUGUGCUUGCACAGACUGCUUAUUGAUUGGCCAAUAAGAAAGAUUAAUGCUGUUCAGGAGUUGGUGAAGAAUAGGUUCCCUUUUGAUUUGAUUUGGUUUGGGCAUGAAUCCUGCAAUUUCCAUGUGGAAGGGUGUAGAAAAUGUGGAAAUGGGGUUAUUGAAUUGGAGGGAGAAGCGUGUUCUAGUUUGCUUUCAGGUCCAAGAUUACAAAGUUCUGUUGAUAGGGAAAGUGGGUAUGAUGCUAAGGGUAAGAAGAUUACCAACCAGAAACAUAAGUAUGGGAUCCGGCGGCGUAGAAGAGCUGCUGUUGGAUAUGGAAAACUCUGUCCUGCUUUGUCUUCUAAUGGCACACAUUUGGUUGGUAUAGAUGUUCCCGGCCCUCUUUAUGAUGGCAGUGGAAUGAGAAGCAAAAUUAGCGAAGACUUGGAUCCUGGAAGCGGAAUAGAAGAUGGUUUCCUAGGUAAUCGAGAUGUUCCAAAUGGCAUUGACUUCAGUGAAAGAAUAAGGCAUAGGUUUGAAUUGGAUGGAUCCUAUGGGAAGGGUAAAGCCAUCAAAAGGGAUCAAUUAUCUGUUGAAAAAUUUACCUGUGAUUCUGAAGACAAGUUGUGCAGUGCUGGAAAUGAUGCAAAUGUGAUCCAAGUGCUGGAACAAGCACUUGAAGAAGAGAAAGCUGCCCGUGCAGUUCUUUACCAAGAGUUGGAGAAAGAGAGGGCUGCUGCUGCAACUGCAGCUGAUGAAGCCAUGGCAAUGAUAUUGCGGUUGCAAGAGGAUAAGGCAUCAAUUGAAAUGGAAGCGAGGCAGUAUCGCCGGGUGAUAGAAGAAAAAUGUGCUUAUGAUGAAGAAGAGAUGAACAUUCUGAAAGAGAUCCUUGUCAGGAAGGAGAGGGAGAUUCAUUUUCUUGAGAAGGAAGUUGAAGCUUAUGAGCAGAUGAACUUUGUGGGAAAUGAUCUGGUGGAAGGUGAUUCAAGCUAUAAAAUAAAUAAAAAAGAACAGACAAUUUCGCUUUCCAUUGAUUCAAAAGAGAAUCCCCUUCCAGUGCCACAGAAGAUUGAGAAUAGUGAAUCCAUUAGUGAAAAUGAAGUGGCAACUAAUGCAAGAUGGUCUUCAAAUCAUGAACAUGUACGCACACCUGCCUUGGGGAAAGAAAUGAUGCCAAAGCACAACGAGUUAGCUUCUGACUUUUCCACUUCACAAGGAUUGGUGCAGAAAACUCCAAGUGUAGCAGGGACAGAAAAAACAAAAAGGGAUAUUGACAUGAUAUCACCAGGAAUGAAGGCACCCCAAAUUAGUGGCAGCACUGGAGAGGAGCCAGAGAAAAAUGGGGAACAUUGGAAUCAAGCUGGAUGCAACAUGCAUGGUUCCAUGCUUGACACAGAAUCAACAGUUUAUGAUGUUCAUGUUAUUGAUGAUAAAACAGUACACUGGAAGGAGAAUGGUAGAAAAGAGAGUGGACCAUUGAGUACUGCCACUUCAGAUUCUGGGGUUCAGAAUAGUCAAUUUUUGAGUGAUUGUCAAACUAUGAGCAUGGCAGAAAUUGAGCCCAAAGUUCAUGGAAACUCUUCCAAUAUGCAUGGCAAGUUACUAUUUUCGGGUAGUUCAAUGUGCAGAACCCAUAGUAUGGACUUGCAGAAGCAUUCUCCACCUGCAGUUGAUGGUGAAAGGUUGAAAAUUGACAAUGAGGUUGAAUGGCUUAGAGAAAGGCUGAGAAUAGUGCAAGAGGAAAAAGAGAAGUUGACUUUCUCUGCAGAGCACAGAGAAAGGGUAAAUGCACAAUUGAGACUUGUGGAAGAUAUAGUGAGCCAGCUUCGAGAGAUUCAGUUGCUGAGAAAGCCUGUAAGGCAGGCUUCUUUACCACCAUCAUCUUCUAAGGAGAACGUGAAAAAAAGACAUUGCCGGAGUGUGUCAUGGGAAGAUUCUGAAAAUGCUUAAAUCAAGCACUGGAAUCAGCAGAAUAGAGAAGAUUUAGGUUUGCCUCAAGUUUUUUUUUUUUAUAUAUUUUUUUAUAGAAGCUUGGAACCUGUGCAUGUAAAUCCUUUAAGUGGCAUCAGUCGACCUUCUGAACUAUACAUUAGUAUUAUUGUUUAAUAUUGUAGAUAAAGAAUCUUGUUUUUUAAGUUUUGAAAUGAAUUAAAAUUGUUUUAAA